GAGGCCUCUUAACUCCACCUCUAUUUAAACCAUCCCAUUCGUCAUUCCUUCACCCCAAACCAUUUUCAUUCUCUUAGCGCUCCUACUCUAAGCUCUUCAUUUCUUCUUUCUAGUGCAAUUUCAGUUUUUCUCUAUUAAUCCCCAUGGCCGCUGUUGAGGUUCAAUCGGCACAGACCGCUUUCGCUGCAGAGAACACAACUCAUCAACAUGAGGAACCAGCUAACGCUCAAGAGACUACCACUGCUGCUACUACUGAAGUAGUGACAGUAGCAGAACCAGCUGAAGUAGAACCGGAGCCUGUGAAGGCGGAGGAGGAGCCAGCUGCUGAGGUGGCUUCGGAUGAGCCAGCAGCUGCGGCUCCAGAAGCUGAAACCCCAGUUGAAGUUGUGACAAAGGAGGUGGCUCUAGAGGAAGUUGUCCCGUCAGAAGAAGCACCAGUUGAGAAGACUACUGAAGAGGAAACUACUCCUGAUCAGGCUGAUAAGGUAGAGCCGGAGCCAGAAGAACCAGUCGUCGACGUUGUGGAGGAGACCAAAGAGAACAGUACUGGUGAUGAUGUUCAGUCUGUUGAGACUACUCCUCCGGUGGCGCCAGCACCGGAAGCAGAACCCGAGCUGGAAUCGGCAGCUGAGGAGCCUAAGGAAGAGGUCGCAGUAGUCAAGGAGGAAGAGAAGCCUGCAGUUGAGGAAGAGAAGUCAGCUGCUGCUGAGGAGGAGAAAGUUGAUACUGAAGUCCCAGUAGAGAAAGCUGAGUAAUGAUAAUGAAGCCCGUCAUGUAAUGGAUCAUAGUGGCUUUGUGUUUAUUGUCCAGGAUGACCAGUCCAAUGUGUUUUAUUGAGUGGGUCUAAUAAGUACUUAAUAAAGAGUAACUAGGUUAAAAAAAAAAAAAAGGGUGUAUGGAACCUACCUGUACGUGUAUGCUUAGCUUUUGCUAAGAUGUAUGCGGUUUGGUUUGGUUUCUGAGUUAUAAGGCUGGAUCAUGAAUUGUAUUGAGGUGCAUGUAUGUUUUAUUGAAAAUUAUCAUGUAAUGUUGCAUUUGAGUAAUUAAUAAGAGAUCGAUCAUUGUGUCA